AAUAAACAUUCCGGCGGUCUGAUAUGUUUCCUGGUGCACAUUAGGGAGGAUAUUACAGGUCUAUAAUUACAUUGACCUGCCUACCCAGCUAACGGAUAGCUCUUGCUCUCACAAAGAUGGCUCCUCCAAGUGAAAAGAUUGGGUUUUGGGGUCCUGUGACCUCCACUGUGGACUGGUGCGAGACGAACUAUGAAGUGUCUUUCUACAUCGCAGAAUUUUGGAACACAAUCAGUAAUGUAAUGAUGAUCCUGCCUCCAUUGGUUGGCCUCUUGUUUGCAGUUAAGGACGCAGCUGAAGGAAGAAUAGUUGGCUGCCACAUUGGGCUAAUGUUGGUUGGGAUGGGUUCUUGGUGUUUCCACAUGACACUUCUGUAUUCAAGUCAGCUUUUGGAUGAAAUGCCUAUGAUUUGGGGAACAUGUUUUCUUAUCUAUACAUUAUACGAAGUAGGGAGUCCACCCAAGAGUCACAAUAGAAUUCUGCAGUGUGUAUUGCUGCUGUAUUGCUUAUUUGUUACUGUUGUUUACACAACAACCCAUAAUGUCAUAUUUUUUCAAGUCUCUUAUGGUAUUAUGGUUUUUGCCAUCGUGGCCUGCAGUAUACAGGUUUACAGAAACUUUGAACAUUCCAACUUCUUGCUUGUUAUGGGCAUCCUCACCUAUGGGACAGGCUUCCUGCUGUGGAAUGUGGACAACUUGUACUGUGAAAACCUAAGACAUCUUCGGCAAUGGCUACCAGCAGCGCUAAGACCCCUUACGCAGAUGCAUGCGUGGUGGCACGUGGGUGCAGGCAUAGGAACAUACACUUCCAUCAUAUACGCGGCUCAUGCAAGACUAGUGUACUUAAAGAAGAACCCAGUGAUUGAGGGGUCUCUUCUUCCCAUUGUGAGGCCAGGGAGGGAAAAAGCCAUGUAAGUUUACAUCAGUGCAUGGAUUGCAAUUAGAGGCCUUGCAGGGUGAACAACAGGUACAGACUUGGUUUAAGGAGACACCUUCAGAACACUUGCUGAAAGUCAUGAUUGCUAUCGAGGCUGCACAGGGCUAACAGUUGAUCAUGAUUCUUUGGAAUAUUUUUAUUUUACAACUCAACAGUUCAGAAUACUGAAAAUAAGAGAACGUUUUUAUCUGAAUUGUGUUGAUUCAAAAACCCCUUCCUGGACGUCAGACAUUUUUGUGACCUUCACAUUGUUGGAGGUCAUUGUGGUGAAAAAAAAAAAAAACUUAGGACAUUUGUUGAUGGACUUGGUUAUUUUAUCCCAAACAGUCUGAGAGUUAUAUUGUUUUAUUGCUUGUUGUGGAAAAUAUUUGUUGUCAUAUCUUAUGACCCAACCCCUGAUGAUAUAAAAUGUUGUGAUAUACCUAGAAAUAUUCUCUAUCAAGUGCCUCAGUCCCGUUUUGUGCUGGAUAACUAUUUUGUUACACCUUUCUGUUUUUAAGCAGUUAUAUACUUUUUAAGCUUUAAAAAUGUUGUGGACUGAGAAAUAAUCCUUUAUCCUGUUAUGUGAUAUUUUGAAAUGUUUGAUCAAUUUUAGCAAAUGUCAGUUAUUGUCAUAUGGAAUAUUUAUCCUACACUGUACAUGUGCAUACAGUUCACUCUGCAUAACUCGUUUCUUCACUUUUUAAAAUAUUGUUUAUUUCAAACCAAUCUUUUGGAACAGAUUUUUUUAUUUUGCUUCGGUACAAGUCUUAUGAACAUUGAGUAACUCAAAAUUUUUGGACUAGUAAUUGAUUUCAGGGUCCAAAAAUAACUGAGAUAUGUAGCCUUCUGAUUAGGAGUCAUUCAGAUCUUUGCAGAAUUGAAAGACAUUUUCUUGCCCCAGUGUAAAGAAGUUAUACAGAGUCUACUGUGUAAGUGUUUCACUAGUGUAUAGUGCUUGGUUGCCUCAGGGAAAUUAAUAUACUUACACUCCAGUGCAUUAUACAAGCUCAAACAGUUUUGGCAUUUUAUUUUUUAAAAUAAAUGUAAGAGAUGAUGCCUUCUUUGUAAGCAGAAAAAUGGUUGUUGGUCUUCUUAUGUUAAAACCUUUAUGAUCUAAUGCCUUUGAUAGACAAGUCCAGUGUUAACUGAUUAUGUCAACUGACUAAGCUUUGACACAUUCGGUGUGUUGCAAUUGAAAUUGUCCAAGAUUUUGGCACUGCAUAACAUCAUACGAAACUAGAAAACAUGAAAUUCUGUGUCAGGUAGGCUAGAAAUCUUGUCAACAGUAAAGGUGAAAGUCUUUGUGGUAGGAAUGCUGUCUAAGAAAGCAAUACAGAAGUUG